UAAUAAACAAUUCUGUUUGAUAAGUGAUAAAAAAAUUGAUCAUAAGUAAUAUCAGUGUUCGAAAAUCUGUUCGGGACUUAAAAUAUUAUUAUAGAAAUAAUUUAUAAUAUUUAUUGGACUCAAAAGUAAAAAAUGUGGGACAAAAUGGUUUAUAUGUUCGUGAUUACGUUUGGGUCGUACAUUUUAAAGCAACUAUUUUCAGAAACUCCGAAUUAUGUAAAAUUUCAAUUAAAAUUUCUUUUAUUUUACAUUUGGACAUCGUUUGUGUCCCUAGUAACGAUGCCGUUCUUCGUAUUUCGACCAAAAAACGUGAAAAACUCACUAUGGGGCGCACAGCUAUCGAAGCACGUGACGAAGGUGUUAGAGGUAAACUGGCACUUAAGAAAUGGAAAAGUUUUAGCAGAAGACCGCGGGGCUGUUGUUGUGUCCAACCAUCAGUCUUCGCUUGAUAUCUUAGGUAUGUUCAACGUUUGGCAUGUCGCAGUAAAAAUAGCAGCCAUCGCGAGGAAGGAGCUGUUUUAUAUUUGGCCUUUCGGCCUGGCCGCCUACCUGGCUGGUGUCGUCUUUAUAGACAGGAACAAUUCUAAGGAUGCAUACGAACAGCUGAAGGUGACCUCUGACGUCAUGAUCAAGAACAAGACAAAAAUAUGGAUAUUCCCGGAGGGUACUAGAAACAAGGACUUCACCAAACUGUUGCCCUUUAAAAAGGGCGCCUUCAAUAUUGCUGUUGCCGCUCAAGUGCCGAUCAUUCCUGUUGUGAUGUCACCGUACUACUUCAUAAACUCCAAAAAAUACAUUUUUAAUAAAGGUCAUGCGAUAAUUCAAUGCUUAGAGCCAAUUCCCACGGCAGGACUAACAAUGGACGAUGUACCCGAGCUCAUAACAAAGGUAAAAAACAUAAUGGAAAUAGCAUAUAAGGAGUUAUCAAAGGAAGUGUUAAGUGCAUUACCCCCGGAUUAUCCUCUCGCAAUCCAGGCCUAGAUGAGUUCUUUGAUCGGUAAUAUAGUAAAUAAGUGUGUGUGUACUUAUGUAUGUAUAUUACACGCAAGAAGUUAUACUUCUUUGGCCUGACAAAGCAAAAAUCUUUAAAAUUAUUUAUUCCUCGUGCUAUUCUACGGUUGUAGAAAGAACAAUAUUGUAAAAAUCUUGCAUCGAUGGCUUUGUCAAUUAACUAUGAAAUGACGAAUACGUCUGUACGGGAUUGAACCCUUUGCCUAUUCUAAUAAAAAAAAAUUACGAAUGUCGCAAAUGUCAGAUAAUUUUAGGAACCAACCCUGUUACUUUUGUAUUAGAGUGAUGCGCGCGCAUCUUAAAAUUUCACUCUCAUCAUUGUUCACAGUGCGACUAAAGAAGUAUAACUUCAAUCAAUUUUCGACAUCAUUAUUUCAUUUGUAUAUACUCUGUAUAUUAUUAUAGUAAUAUAGGCUCAAGAAAUUAGCUAGUAAUUAAGUAUUUAAUGACUCGUGGAAAUCGAUAUACCAGUGGUAAUUUUACUAUUUUUUAAGAUAUCUUGUUUGCUGCGAUGUAUUAGUGAUAUUUUGACGGUUUAUCAGUAUUUAGGCAGAAAUAAAUCCCAUUUAACUCUAUAUCAACUUCCUGUUUGUUUACAAGUGAUAUAAUUUAUAGCAUCCGAUAUGGCGAUAUGUUUAUUAAAAUAUAUCUAGGUUGACAGCUUUGUAAGACACAUCAGCUUAUAGCGGUGUUACUUUAUAUAAAAUGCUACUAUAUUUUCGAUUCGUUUUAUAUUUUGACGCCAAAAGAUACUCUUUAUUAUUGAAAUGAGUAUUUGUGACAAAAUAAUUUCAUUACAGAAAUUAAAUUUCAAAACAAAAUUUAUGAACGAUGCGGGACUCGAAGUUGCUUUUUCGCGUUCCGUGCGAGCGCUGUUCCACUGAACCAACCGUACGAGUGACGUCUCGAUGUCUUUUUCACAUAUGAAAUAAGUGUGGUUGAGCGGGUUAUUAAUGAAAGUAGAUCCUGUAGAUGAAGCCACAACCUGAGAGUUGAUGAUUCAAGAAUCAAGAUAUGUGAACCUUUACGACACUCGAAUGGUUGGCUCAGUUGAAGAGCGCUCACACGGAACGCGAGAGGUCGCGGGUUCGAGUCCCGCAUCGUUCAUUAUUUUUAGUUUCAAAUUUAAUUUGUGUAUUUUAUCCCAGAAGAUAGGGUUAUCACUUUAAGAAAUAGCAAAUUGUUUAAAAUGAUUUACACCAAUCCUAUUUUGUUUUGAUUUGAUUUGAAUGCUGCUGUGAUUGUUAUAUAUUACUUACCUUAGUUUAAAUUUACAAUUUUACUUAGUUUUAUUUUUGUUUUUUCAAUAUAACUUUAAUCUUAAGUUUUUUUUUAAUUUUAAUUGUGUGAUAGCGAAUAAAUACUCGCUUUGAAUUCCAAAUUAUUAUUUUGGUGAUAGAAAUAAGGCAAGUCAUAUAAUAUUAAUUGUGAUUUUAGAAUAUACUAUAUGUUUAGUUAUGUAUUAAUCUUAGCUUAUAAGUUCAGUUUUAGCUCAAUUUUACUUAACCUAUACAGAUGUGAAUUGAGCGACAAAAAUAUCAUUUAUACGUCUAGAUUGACUGUUACAGCUGUGAAAACUUAGAAAAAAAUUGAGGUUGACAGUUAACCUCUAUUUUGAGCAAUGCACGCACACUGACACAAAGUGGCACACAUAUCGCGAGUGUUAGAUGUAGAUUGUCACGCACACUAAAGUGACAAAUCUGGCUCUAUCUGGACGUAUAAAUUACCUAAGGCUGAAAUAUUAUUAUGCGGGUAUUAGUUAAAAAAGGCCAGGAUUGGUCGAAAUUUUUAAGUCGUAAUAUUUUUAUUUUUAAUCAUUUGACAAGUAGAUUAUAGUGUUUAUAUUAAUCCACCUAAACAGCUUAACUGAUUGUGAAUUCGUUUUUUAUUUGGACACACAUGUAGGAUUUCUUAGAUGAUUUUCGCUAUCAAAUUCAAAUAUUUUUAUUCAAAAUCACUUAUUGAGCGUCAAAAACUACCACCGAUUCAAAAUAGACUGCCUCAGACCUGAGAAGAACGGAAUAUCUACAGUUGAACCCGAUGGUUGCAAUACCUGGAUCCAGAGAUUUUUACACAACUUUUUUGUAAGGCAUAUUUACCUCAAAAAACAAUUAAAUUAUUAUUUUACCAAUGCACAGUAUAUACUAAUGUGUAUAUAUAUACACAUUGCUCUUUCCAUUAAAUCCAUUAAAUUUCACUUAUAAGAUAUACACUGCACUAAUUUUGCACAAUACGUCAGGGUGUAGCAUUUCGGUGACGCGAUCUCACGAGAUUUCACCCAUACAAAUAGUAUAUAGUAAGAUAUACUAUAUAUUUUUAUUAUUUUAAUUAUUUAUUUAUAGUGCGCCAGUCAACAGCAUGUUGGUGACGCGAACCCAUAAUAUUUUCUCCUACCAAAAAGUGCCCAACACGGCUAAAGUAGUUUUCACUUCAAAAAACGCCAAAACAGGACCCCAAUUCUGUAGCAGCGAAAAUAUAUGACUUUUUUUGUUGGUCUAAAUUAAAUUGAUGAUUAAAAUGGUCCGUUUCUUUCUUCGCUUUAAAUAAAGUUGAUACAAUUAAUGAAACCUUAUCACGUACAAGUUUCCUAAUAGGUUAUUUGACGAAUACAAAUUAGUUGUUCUGAUAAGUUCACCGUUCAAAGAAUACUAAUGCUAACAGUUAAAUUACAUUAAUAACAGUUACGCAAUUGCGGUGGUAGGUAAGUAAGUCCCGUCGAUAUCCCGAAAGAUAUAUAUAAAUAAAUUAAACCUCCCGAAAUCAAAUUUAGUACUACAUACAUCGAGUCCUUAUGUAAUGUCUAUAAAAAUAUAUAAUAAUCUGCCAAACAAAAUUCGAAGCAUAAAUGAUGAAAAUGAUUUUAUUAAAACACUGAAAAACUUUUUAUUAGAAAAAUGUUACUAUCCAGUAAAUGAUUUUUUAAACGAGCCAAACUAAAAUAAAUUAAAAUAUGGGUCUCCCUACUACGGUCUGCUGUUUAGACCAAAUUGCGACACCCAAACUGGGUAUCCAUAAUAUACUGCCUUGUAUAAUAAUUAUAGUUAGACUAUAUUUAUGGAAUUGCAAUAAAUUGAAAUAGAAAUUGAAAUAGGUUAACAUUUUUGGUAGAUACGUGUGACGUAUUUAUUGACGAAGAUACAACCCUGAACUGAUACGUAGCGCUGAGGUAAUAAAUAGGGUGUUAAUGGCGGGAGGCGCGGGGAUCCGGAUUAAUCCGGAUAUGUUUGGACUUUUACGGCCUUACAAAUAAACUUGGUAUAAAGUUAUAACUGAUGAUAAACAAAGAAAAUGCAAAAUGUUUACAAUAUCGUUGACAACACUGUCAAUACAAUGAUAAUUCUGAAGUUUUCCGAAUGACAAGCUGCCGUGCAAAUAAACGCGGGAAACGUUAUACGUCCGAACAAACCAUUCGUAAUCAAAAUGUCUAUUUGUAAAGAUUUUACAUAUUCUUGGUUUAUGCUUAGUUAUAACUUUAUGCCAAUUUUAUUUGUAAGACCGUUAGACUCUAGUCCGGGUUUUGUCCGGCUCCCUAACUUGUACUUUAUAUAAACUCGUAUCAAAUAAAUAUUUAUCAGAAACUAUAUCUAAAUUAAAAAACCCGCACUUUUAUCGAAAUGUCAGGCUUCUUGUCAGCACUUUCCAACUUAGUAAAUGGUAACCCUACGCGGGGGUGACCUUGAAGGGGGGGAAGUACUGUACUCUGUUUCAUCAUAUUAUAAUCUUUAACACUGGUAGAUAAUGCUAAAAUGGUCUCUUGGUAUUUUUGGCAUGCCUUCGAUUCCACAGAAAAGACUAUUAUUGAAACAAAUAUACUAUUGAUAUUUAUAAAUACUAUUUGGUAGGCAUCCAAGCUAUAAGACACGGACGUCAAAAUCUAAAGUGUGACUAAUUAUUAGAGGUAAGAAACUUUGGAAAAAAAAUUAAAAUUAAUUAAUUUUUUAUUAAUCUGUGCGCUUUAUUUACCCAUCUCUGAAAUCAGAAAUCUAUACUUCUUCCAGAAAAAAGUUGCUAACCCCUGUCGUAUAGUGCAAUAUAAAUGAACGCGACUCUAACCUGCGCUGUUGACAUUUUCUCUCUCGAAACUACUUCACUUCUAGACUGACUUCAUAGAACACUUUUAUUGAAAAUUUAUUGAAUAAGGCGUUACUUUGCGGAAAUCCAUCACUAUUCAAGCGUUGUGAGUAUUCUUGAGUGUUAAUUUCGCCAAUAUUUGUUGCAUUCACUGGAUUGGAAUGGGCAGGGCGUAUCAAUUACCUUCAGAUGAACGUCCCGCUCGUGUCGCCCCUCAUUAUCAUAAAAAAAGGAAGAUUUAUUAUAAAGGUAAUAUAAAGUAUUCUAAAAUGGAACAUCCUGUGUGAGGGUUGGGGCUAACCGCACGCGCUAUAGAAUGCACCCGUCACUCGUCAGUUCUAAACCGUUCGUUCCCAAACGCGGUUGUCGCGCACCCCUAUCUCGACGAACUUUUCAAACUCAUCUUUCACGGCAAUCGAAUUUAAUUCAAUUCAAGAACCGAGGAGCAAGGCUUCGAGAAGCUUCUAAUAUUUUUGAGGAGUAGUUUCUUCGAGCUGGACGUCAUCAGGGUUGAUUGAAGUCAAAUAUUGGAUUAAACCUCAAGAAAACUUACAACAUUUCAUAGAAUAUCUCAAUAUAUUUGUGGUUAAUAAUAAUUGAUGCUAAUAUAGGUACUUACCUACUACUGGUAGCUUGUUUUGGUUGUAUUCUUGUCUUAUUGUCGUAAGUCAAAUUUACAAUAUAAUUAUUACUUUUUAUAUUUAUCUAAUAAUUAUAUUGUAAACAAUCCGUUGUAAAUAUUUUUGAUGAUAUAAAUAGUGUCAUUUAUUACUAAUAGACUUUAAGGGUUAUAUUUCACUGGGACACCACGGUAGCGCAACCAGUCGCCGCUAACAAAAAUAUGUAAACAGCUCUAUAGAGAGUUACGCAGCGGGUGUUCGUUUGGUUGAGCAACCAUUUUGGUGGCGCGACCAGCUCGGACGCGUCAUGAUUCUGGUGUCUGUAUGGUGUCUAGUUUGCUGGCUUACGGACACCACGGAGGCGCAACAAGUCGCCGCUACCAACAAAAUGAAAACAGCUCUAUAGAGAGUUACGUAGCUGGCGUCCGUUUGGUUGUGCAACAUUUUAGUGGCGUGACCAGCACGGACGCGUCAUGACUCUAGUGUCUAGUUUGCUGGCUUACGGACACCACGGAGGCGCAACCAGUCGCCGCUACCAACAAAAUGUAAACAGCUCUAUAGAGAGUUAUGUAGCUGGCGUCCGUUUGGUUGUGCAACAUUUUAGUGGCGUGACCAGCACGGACGCGUCAUGACUCUGGUGUCUAGUUUGCUGGCUUAUGGACACCACGGAGGCGCAACCGGUCGCCGCUACCAACAAAAUGUAAACAGCUCUAUAGAGAGUUACGUAGCUGGCGCCCGUUUGGUUGUGCAACAUUUUAGUGGCGUGACCAGCACGGACGCGUCAUGACUCUGGUGUCUGUAUGGUGUCUAGUUUGCUGGCUUACGGACACCACGGAGGUGCAACCAGUCGCCACUACCAACAAAAUGUAAACAGCUCUAUAGAGAGUUACGUAGCUGGCGUCCGUUUGGUUGUGCAACAUUUUAGUGGCGUGACCAGCACGGACGCGUCAUGACUCUGGUGUCUGUAUGGUGUCUAGUUUGCUGGCUUACGGACACCACGGAGGCACGACUGGUUGCACCACCGUGGGUUCGAGUCCUACAUCAUCCAUAAAAAAAAUUAUGUUGUCUGAAAUAAAAUAGUUGCAUAAACCAAAAAUAAAUUUAAAUGAUUGUAAUUAGAUUAAUUCAGAAUGUGAAGAGCUCACCAGUGACAUAGUUGUAUUGUAUUUACAAUGUAUUAAUUACCAAUGAUUUUAUACAAAUUAUUUUAUAGAUUCUUUAACCAAACCAAUUUAUUAUUGUUAAUACGUUUUAGUCAAAUUCCAUAGGAUGUAAAUCUAAAUGAUAGAAACUCACAUGCUAUUUUUCUAUUUUAACUAAAUAGCCGAUAUAAUAUCCCGAUAACUCACUUCCAAAGUGUAACAAUUCUGGAAUUCAGUAAGUUUGAGAUAAGUAUGAGAAAUUGUUCCGAAAAAAAACCCACCAAUACCAAAGAGAAACAAGUCGAUAAGUUAAAAGGCAUUUAUUUUCCCGAAAUUGAUUCCUUUAGAAUUGUUUUGAUGUCAUUUAUAAUAUACUAGAUACUACUACCGCUUCGGAAAUAAAUGGCGCUCUGAGAGAGAAGAAGCGGCUUGUUACUUCUAACAUUUCUUAAUAAGUCUUAAGAUAUUUUCGUUUCAUACAGUAAAAACUCGAGUUAUGUUCGUUUGGAACCCUUUUCUGAAUUGUUAAUCUUUGGAACUAAGUUACCGAUAUUAUGUGGUCACUCUUUAUAGGGACGGACCCUAUUUCGGAAAGCGUCUUAAUACCCACAUAAUCCAUAGUUUUCUGGUAAGCGUUGUGAAAACCGCGACGAAAGACGCCCUCUGUGUUACGGACAAGUAAACGGACGGUAAAUAACGACUAUAUUUCAUUAUAUGUUGUAAAGUACUAAGUUGAAAAGGCUGACAUCCAUAAAUUACGUCACACGAUUGUCAUGAUUUCUUGACCCCUCCCCCGUCUCUUUGUCACAGCUGGUGACGAAACUUAUGGAUGGAUGGCUUCUUAUAAAUGUUACCGGCCAAGUCCGAUUUUAAGACAAUCUAGUUCAUUUUAAUCGCGUUUGCCCCCCGGUAACAUGCUAUAUUGUACCCCUACUUAUAUUAUAAAUGUGAAUGUAAGUUUGUUUGUUACACUUUCACGCCUAAACCACUGAAAAGAGCUUGGGAAAGGUCAUAGGCUAACUUUUAUCGCGAAUAAAAGGAUUGGCGGGGUUGAAAUAGGGGGUGGUAGUUUGUAUGAAAGUUCGUCAUUAUCGAAGAUAACUCUAUGAUAUUUUGUAUUUAGGCACUUAAUAAGAUAUAAAUAAAUAUUUGUUCUAGCGUUCUUAAAAUUUAGACCGGUGGGGGGAUGAAAAAGGGGGAUAAUAGUUCUAUAGUUGGUAGCUUAUAAAAUGUAUUAACCACGGCAGUUUGUAGUGUAUUAUUUGCAAAGUGAGUAUAUUAAAAAAAAUUGCUACCCAAAGUAACUAUGGCACGCGCACGAAGUGUGGGUAAAAUAUAUAGCGGAUUGUAUAGUUAAGGCAACUCAGUGGUAGCAAGUUAAAAAGCAUAUCUAAUAUCGAUGUUUUCUAUACCAAUAGGAAUAAGAUUUCCAUAAGUAAGACAUAUUUGUCCAUGUAUUUAUAACAUUGUCAAGUCCAACAUCUCUUAAUGCCAACUUCGCAAACACUAUAUCAAUUUAAUUUGAUUGUCAAGAUUUUUGAACACAAUUAAUUAGGUUUAAUAAAUCAGUACUUAAAAAUAAUUGGUGAAGUUUUUGAAGAAUUAAAAGAAACAUUAAAAAAUAAUUUAAUUAACAGCAUAGACAAUGUGUAGAUUACAAUAAAAAAUAUAUUUACAAUUCCAUAGCGGGUGGGAGUCUGUGAUUGGUUCAAUCUUUUGUUCGACGCGUGUGAACCCUUCCUAUGAGAAGUACAUCUAACUAUUUGGGAUCGUCGUUAAAAAUGAUAAUAAAUUCUAUUAAAAAUAUACAGUAAAGAUGCUUACUGCUUUCUUUAAAACAUGCUUUAUAUAGAUCUAAUUUAGACUUUAUAUCUUACAUAUUUUAGAAAAAAUAUCACCAUUACCUAGAUUUACCAGUAAUACCAAAUAAAUAAAUAUGAAUAUGGGAGGCUGCCAAGGACAGGAUGCCGGCUAGAUUACGGGAACCACAACGGUUUUUUUUCUGCCGUGAGUCAGUAAUGUGUAGGCAUUAUUUUGUUUCGGUCUGAACGGCGCUGUAGCUAGUAAAAUUACUGGGCAAAUGAGACUUAACAUCUUAUGUCUCAAGGUGACGACCGCAAUUGUAGUGCCGCUCAGAAUAUUUGGUUUUUUUAAGAAUCCUGAGCGGCACUGCAUUGUAAUGGCAGAGCGUAUCAAUUCCCACCAACUGAACGUCCUUCUCAUCCAGUCCCUUAUUGCCAUAAAAAAAGAAUAGCUUUGGCAGAUUUUUUAUACAAAGAUAGCGAUCAGGAAUAGAUACUGAUUUUUUAUUAAAAAUUACACAAAAGUUGUUAUGAAAAAUAGCCCAGGGGCGGACUUUCCAAGUAUAAGGUGACCUCCAAAUAUUUGUGGCCAUGUUUAUGUGUAGACUAAUGUAGAUAUUAAAAUAUAAUUUAAUAAUAUUAUAAUUAUGGCAAUGUAACGCUGUUAUCGCGUGCGACAACUUAACCAGAUAAACUCUUUAGGGAUUUUCGUGGUGUUUAAAUCUAUAACUUUUAUUGUAUGCUUUGUUUUGGCACGAUAAUCGUUGGCAUUUUGCGAAGUUGGCAUUAUGUGAAUAAAGGAAAAAUAUUAAUAUAUAUUGUGUGAGAAAUAUAUAAAUAUAAGUUACCUUAAACUUUCGAAAACUUUUUAUUGAACUGUUUUUAUUACUUACUCUUGGUGGAUAUUUACGUGUAUUUUUACAUAUAGUUCGUGUAAAAUUUAUUGUGAUAUAAUUAAUAUAAACUAUGUAAUUAUUGUAAUAUUUUUCUAAAGCUUUAUGUUUUCAAUAUAUCAAGCUAAUAAAAUGUAUUCUGAUAAAA